ACAAAAGUUUCAUCGUUUCGCCUCUCUCUCUCUCUCUCCGAUCUAUUCCUUGUAGUCGCAUCGAUUCUUGAUUUAUUUCUCUCCUUAUAUAAAACCCUAGCCCCAAUCUGAAACCCUAGUUUCUAAAAUUAGGGAAAGGCCGAAGAAUUUGGAGUCAAUUUGCGUGUUCUGCUCCUUUUUGUUCUUAUUUUCAGUUCGAAUUUGAGUUGGAGAAGUGAUGAUUCGGAGUUAUCAUGGAGGAAACUAGGGUAACUGUCGGUAAUGUGGAUGGUGGCGGAGAGAAAUUCUCCUCUGGCGUCGGGCUGCCGCCGAUUCCCAGUUCCGCAGGCGGCCGAAGUGUCUGCCGGCUGUUUUUGAAUUCAGAGGCCACAUCUCCCUCGUUUAAUAAGCCUCCUCAUCAGGUGGAAGUCUCAGAAGUCUCAAUUGAAACAAAUUUGAACGGACAUUCUAGUGGUGCCAAAUCCAAAUAUAUUCCCCUGCUGCGUUCAGGUGCUUGGGCAGACAUCGGUUCUAGAUCCCGCAUGGAGGAUGCUUAUGUUUGUGUUGACAAUUUGAUGCGUGAUUAUGGCUCAAACAUUAGAAAUGAUAGUUGUGCAUUCUAUGCAAUUUUUGAUGGACAUGGAGGAAAGCAUGCUGCUGAUUUUGCUUGUAAUCACUUACCAAGAUUUAUUGUUGAAGAUGAAGGCUUUCCUGAUGAGAUUGAAAGAGUAAUGUCUACAGCAUUUUUACAGACGGAUACUGCUUUUGCAGAAGCCUGCUCCUUGGAUGCAGAUCUUGCUUCUGGAACCACCGCUUUGGCGGCUGUGAUAAUUGGAAGCUCUCUGAUAGUGGCCAAUGCUGGGGACUGCAGAGCAGUGCUCUGUCGCCGCGGUAAAGCAAUCGAGAUGUCCAGAGAUCACAAACCCAUUUUAUUGAAAGAAAAAAGGCGGAUAGAAGCUUCUGGAGGUUACGUGGAUGAUGGCUAUCUCAACGGGCAACUCAAUGUGGCUCGUGCUCUGGGAGACUGGCACAUGGAAGGAUUGAAAUGCCGGGAUGGCGGGCCUCUAACUGCAGAGCCUGAACUGAUGAGCACAAGACUAACGGAAGAAGACGAGUUCCUAAUCAUAGGGUGUGAUGGUCUAUGGGACGUGUUUAUGAGCCAGAAUGCUGUGGAUUUCGCCCGUAGAAGGCUUCAAGAGCAUAAUGAUCCAGCAAUGUGCAGCAAGGAACUUGUCGGCGAGGCAUUGAAGCGCAACAGCGGGGACAACUUGUCAGCCGUUGUCGUGUGUUUCCUACCCCAACCGCCCCCCAACUUGACGGUACCUCGGGGGAGAGUGCACCGAAGCAUUUCUGCUGAAGGGUUGAAGGAACUGCGAUGCUUCUUAGAUAAAUUGGAUGAAUGAGUGAAUGAAUAGCAGAGAAUCAAGAAUCAAAAUGACAGAUGACCAUGAAUGAAAGGUUCUUGUUUUCCUAUUUUAAUUUUUAAGUUUUGAGACUUAUUUAUUUCAUUUCUGCUUUGGUGAGAGGCCACUAUUUGUAACUGUAACAUAUGCGGGGUGACUUGUUGUUUCUUGUUCUUUUUCUUUUACUCCUCCA